AUGGCAGCCACUGUGGAUCUGUCCGGCAAGGGCAUGCUGUGCGUCAUGUCUCGAAUCUCACGGAACGAUAUGCUGGACGAGGAAACGUUCCUCAGAUGGUACGACAAUGAGCAUAUUGCCGAAAUCAUGCGGACUAGUGGAGUGACCUCGGCCAGACGCUUCGUGGAUGUGAACCCCUCUGCGGACAAACCGUAUCUCGCCAUGUAUGCCAUGGACGACAUUGCGUUUGUGAAGAGCGACGAGUUCCGUGGGAUUCAGUUCAAGAGUGCCUCGCUGCCUGGAUCUGGAGUCAUCUAUGACUUGGCCGAUCUUGAUGUGAGGAACGAUCGACUGGUCCAAGUCUACGACCCCAGAAGCAAAGGGAAGGGCCACACAAGGAGCUUGGUCUUGAAUCAAGUUGAGCUCGGGGGAGGCAUCAGUGAUCAAGAAUUCGACACAUGGUUCCGCGAUGAGGUAGGUCGCUGCGGCUCCGUGUGA